CCCGGGUUGAUCACAACGUUUCAGAAUAAAUCUCCAUCCCAGAGAUUAUAAAAAGAAGGCCACACAAGGAGACAGAGAGAGAGAGAGCAAGGGGAUGUUGACUUAUCCCUCUGACUCGCUCCCUCAGAUAGUUUGUCCAAUGGAUGAAGAUGCUAUUCCCCCAAACCCUUUCUGUAGUGCACCUCUCCUCCCCUUUUCCUCCAUCACUCCCAGCUGUGCAAAUGAUGGAAUGUCUGGGCACAGAAGAAGUGGUCGCAUUCAAGGGAUCAGAGCUCAAACAUCUAAAAAGCAGAGAAACACAUACAGCAAGGCGCCUCAGAAACCAUCCAGACACAAUCCGUCCCCCACCAAGAGACAAGGAGAAAGUGGAAGCAUGGUGCAAGUGUCACAGUCCAAGCAGCUGAGAGUUGAAAGCACUCAUGUACAUGAGAAACAAAACAAGGAUGGACUUGAUUUUAGCUUUUCAGGAGAGUGCCAAAAUAAGCAAAAGGACCAGAAAACCCCCUGCCAAAAACCAGACGUAUCUGCUGCAGAAGAUGUAGUGGAGCAGGUGGCUGACAGUACCACACAGAAUCUUGACACCACUAAUUCUGACAUGGAUGGAUGCGGGGGCUUGGCUGUUGGGCAUGCUGUUGAAAAUGCAUCUGUCCUGGGAUGGGUGAUCGGCCCGUUGUGUCAGUCAUUCAAGUCGAAGAUGGCCAGCUUCACAGAGAUUGUCAUGAGUCCUGUUAAACUCUUCAGAGCUACUAGUCCUCCACCGUCCAUGGACUAUCCAGACAAAGUCACCGAAUGUGAGCCACAGGCCGAUGGAAAAUCUGAUGUUGAACCAAACAAUAUGUUUCAGCCAGUGGGACAGAUUGAGAAUGGGGAUCAAAAGGCUGAAGCUAAUAAGCAGAGGAUUAGUGAUGUAGAAGGUGCACAAGACUCAAAUACUGAUGUUCUUAAAUAUUCUAAAAAACUUGUGUUUGACAUGGAGUCAACACACAGCUCUGAACAGACAGAUGAAUGUGGAAUAACUCAGAGGGAAAAAAACUCACCUGUGCCUUUGCAAGACAGUCCCUCACCCUGUAUCGUCCCUAAACAAGUUUCAAAAUCUUUUGGGUCAGUUAUUAGGUCCUCUAUACUGUUACAGCCCAUCAAUUUAAGUGCCUCACAUAAUUUCAAAUUGAAGAGUUCCAGUGCGGUGGAGGAGCAAGGCAAGCAGGCUGUCCGUCUGACACCACUGCCAGGAAAACGUACAGGAAAUAGAUCAGAAUUAAAGAAAGUUAUUUCUGAGCCUCUUAUAUCUGAAGUGAAAAAGGAAGAGUCUGACCCAGAGAUCAGUGAGGAGCAGUUUUCUCAGAGGAACUCAGGCAAAUCAAACAAAGCCAAGUCAAGUGAUGCUGACAAAACUAAGUCGUUGUCUUCAGUCUGUUACACAGACUAUCUUCAGCCUGGUGGUGGUGGUGGUGAUGAUGAUGAUGAUGGCAAGAAAAAUGAAAGCAGCUUGGUUAGACAAAGCCUCGAGAACAGUGCUACUGGGAGGACACUGAAGCCCACCUCUCAGCAGCUGGGGCAGCUAAACCCUGACACUUCUUCAGCAGCAGGUCUUGGGAGAUCAAGGAGGGGGAUGAAACUGUCCUGUCAUUCCCAAGAAUUGGCAAAGAGGAAAAAACUGACAGGAAAUAUAUCCACAGAGGAUACACAAAACAGAGAGUUAUUAAACGGGGCUUCAGAUAGUGGGCUAAGACCACAAAGAAAGGAAGUUGUGUCAACAAAUGAUGUAGACAUUGAAGAAACGCUGAAGCCUCCUAGAAAAAAACAGGCCGUUUCAACAAGAACAAAUAGAAAAGGAAAAAGUGGACAAGAAAUUUUUCCAGAAGUGUUAAACACACAGACUGAAAGUUCCCCUGAUGCCAUGUUGAUUUGCUCACUGGAUAAAAGCAGCGGUGUGACAGAGAACAACCAAAAGAGCAGCAGCAAGACAAAGCCUAGUGGUUCAUGCAAAAGACUUAAAACAAGAACAGGUCCUGGUAAACCUGAUGUAAACAUUGACAGUAUGGAUCUGGAAACCACCGUGGCAUACAGUUCUACCAAAAAACCAGCCCAGCAGCAGCCGUCGUCAGAAGCUCUUGUCCGUCCUGAUAUAAAGCAGCUCCACAGCACAAUCAAGUGCAGGAAUAUAAACAAGAAACCAUUAAAACGGAAAUUGCCAGACCGUGCGAGUUCUUUGACGAACUCGGACAGCUCUCUGGUUUCUACCACAUCAGUUCUAUCGAUGGAGCCAUUAGAACCCACACCCACCGCUUUGAACAUACCUCCUUCUGUUCAGAGAGAGGAGAACUUGAAAUCAGAACUGAACCAGCCAUCCAAGAGAUCCAAAAAGGGUUGUAGAGGUGCUGUUAGAUCUUCUGACUCAGGCGCAACUCAAGAGACAAAGCAAUGUAUCAAUAACCUUCAUUUGAUAACCAAAGAAAACCGGUCUAAAGAAGGCAAAGGUAAAAUCUCAAUGGACCCUGUAUAUUUUGAAAUGAUACCUUUUGAAAGCAAUCACCCACCUGCUCAUUCACCUCCCCGAUGUCUUUUAGAGUGUUAUGUACGAUUAAAUAAGCAUGAGGAACAAAAGAGUACUAUUCCUGUGGCAGGUGAGGUAUUUUCCACUGACCCCGAAGCAGGUAAUCACAGCAGCGUCAGUCUCUCUAGGCUAAGGGCUAGUGCAAGAAGAGUUAACAUCAAGCCAAGGAGAGCAGAUAAAGAAAGGAGACGGUGCAGAGGUCUGCAUAGAGGGACACAUAAAGAUGAAGAAAUGACAAACUCAAUCACUAUGGAAGAUGCAGAUCUAGCUACAGUAAGUACUCGCUCAACAGAAAAUGGUUUUUCAAGGCGCCUGUUGCGCAGCUACUCAUGCCCAGAGAUCCCCUAUCUGGGCUCCCAUGACACACCCUGGACUUCUCUGCUGCCUUCUCCACACCACAGCAGGACUCGCACAUCACACCAGCACAAGCCUUCCCACACUCCUCUUGUCCCUCCUGCCCACAAAUCCCUCCGGCGGGCUCGUCGACACACAGUCUGCAGCGUGGAGGUGGAGCGGGAGAUAGCUCCUCUGUGUCUUCGUAAGGAGGUGUACCCAACCAGAAGAUCCGCCCCUUAUGAUGUCACCCAGCACUUGUCCCCUGGUCUUGCACUUUCUCCCAGCACUUCCCUCUCAGUGCUGGCGUCCUGUUUCCUUUCAAGCCCCCUGGCUUUUCUUUCCAAGAAAGUUGACAGCAGAGGAGCUGCUGCCAGCCCCAGCACUUCCAGUCAUGUUUCCUCUCCCACCUCCUCCUCUUCUUUGACACCUCCAUUGAGCUCCAUAUGGCACCUUUCAGGAUUCCUCCAAAGUAGUGACUCUUCUCGUGCAACCUCAGAUUCUAGUUGCAGUGGGAAUCCCUUGGAGUGUGAGAUUGAGAGAAGACAACAGAGUGAGGAGGAGGAGGAUGGUGAAGACACAAGCUCAUCCAGUCAGGAGUAUGAAGAUGUUGCAUUGAGAGAGGAGAAGGCUCUGUCUGAUUCUGAAAUCAAGGUAGUGCAGAAGAAUGAGGAACGAGGGAAGGUGUCAUCCAUCAGAAUUCGGAAAACUUUACCCAAACCUCAGACCAACCUGACACCCAUGGGCCUGCCCAAACCCAUCAGGCUGAAAAAGAAGGACUUCAGUUUGGAAGAAAUUUACACCAAUAAGAAUUUCAGCAAACCCCCUGAAAGCCGGCUGGAGACCAUCUUCGAGGUGCCUCUCAGUCGCCGCAAUGGUUCUGAGUCCUGCUUUGGUCAGAGACGCGUCAAGCGAUUUCUAGAGUUCUUGGAGGUCGGUGAGGCCAGAAAAAUCAAGAAGCCGCUUGUUGGUGUCGGAAAGGCGGGUGUUUCAUCCUCCAGGACGAGACGUGGGGGCUUCGCUAAAGACGAACCAUCGCUCAGCGUGCAGGAUGUGGACUCGCUGCUCUGUGCCAAGCUCGAUCAGCUCAAGUUGUGGCUGAUUCAUGAUCAGAAAGACAGUUGACAGUUGCCUUUAAGUCAUUAAAAAAAAACAAAAAAAACGCUGCAUUGCUGUUCAUAUAACUAUUUUUAAUGUAUGAACAUGAAGAUUCACAUUAGAGUCUUCUAGCUCUUUUUUUGUCAUCACAAUCAUUGUAUAAAUGUUAUGGUGACAAGUUAUUAUUGAAAAAUUACAUUUUCAGUCUGUUGCAUUUGUAUCCUGCAAGUUGAAGAACAUAUAUACACAUUACACCAUAGCACCAUAAAUGUAUUUCAUCCUAGAAGUUUUGUUAUAAACAUAUUGGUUAAAUGAAUUAUACAUUAAGAUGUUUUAUUAUCAUCCCAGCACUCAAACUCCUGCCAUCCAUUUUCCCUGUCAGCCAGUUUCCGUCCGCGAAAGCUGAAACUGUCUUGAAACAAAAGUUGACGUCCUUGAUUUAACCACUUGUACAGUAUCAAGUUCUUCAGAUUACAUCUCAUUUCCGAUGCGCUGUAUGAUUUGACAGGAAGCUGUGUAUUAGAGAAGUGGUAGUGACCUUGCAGCAUCAUCAUAAGUUAUUUAUAAAGGCAGCUAUUUUUACUAAAUGCUGAUUAUAACUUUAAAACAUGCCAGCAAGAGAUUUGUGUUCACUACAACCAAGUUUCUGUCUAUGAAGUUUAUGUACAUUGAAGUGUGUCUGCAAACAGCAUGGACCGUGUAAAUCAUUCUGUUCAGCUCAGGGCAGACCCUGUUCAAUUUUUUGUUAAAUUUUAAUAGCUGAAGAGGUUUUUGUUGAACAAAAUGUAACAUAGAAACAUUGCAGCACUCAAGAGACAAUUUCUAAUCAAGAGUGAAAGUGUCCAGACUCCACUGCUGGUUGUCUUUUUAUUACCUGUGGUUCUCUUGGGAUUAUUUUGUGGUGUCUAUAUUUGUAUUGCAAAAGUAACUUCUUGAUAAACUGUCU